AUGAAGGAAGCUCGGCGACUCGAGGAGGAAGCGCAGCGGGAGAAGGAGGCGGAGCAGCUGGAGCUUGUCAAGGGAUGGCAACUGGAAGUUCAGCAGAUGAAGGUGGAACGCAGUGAAGCUGUGCGCCAGGCUGCGGAAGCCGAGGAACAUGCAAGGCGACAGGUGCAGGAUUAUCACUGGGCCACCGCGAAGCAACUCCAAGAGAUGGAGGAGCGCAUCAAUCAGCUCCAGUCACUUUUGAGCGAGGAACGGGCCGCCCACACCCAGCAGCUGCAGCAACAGGCAGAGUUGGUGCAGCAGGUGCGUCGGGAGGCCGAGCUGCAGCUGGCAGACGCUGAGAAGCGACACCGGGCAGAGCUGGCCGUGGAGCAGGAACGGGUGCGCGAGGCCCACGAGAUGGUCGAACUGGUGCAGCAGCGCGCGAACAAAGAUGUCAUGGACGCUCGUGCUCGCGAGGAGGCCCGCAUCGCGCAGAUCCGGGCCCAAGCUGAGCACCGAGCGCAUGAUCUUGAGCGACGCAUGCGUGAAGAGGCCACAAUGAGGGACCAGCACGUGAUUGAGCGGCAACGGAUGAUGGAGGAAGCCUUGUACGCUCAUGGGCGGGAGAAGGAGUAUGCAAUCGAGUCAGCGCAACGGCAUUUAGCAGCCAUGGAGCAGGAGUUGCAGCUUUCGAACGACCAGCGUGAGGCGCUGUAUGCUCAAAAGGAGGAACGCCUGAAAGAGGUGGAGGAGACGGCGAAGAAGAACACGGAGGAGAUGGUCAAGCACCACAAGGAGUUGCUGGAUUUGGAGCGAGCUUUGCACGCCAGGUCUGUCAAGAUGUUUGAAAGCCAUGGACCUCAUAGACGUCGUAGACCUGGAAGUCUCUUUAUUGAGCGGCUCCAGCGUGCGCAGGAGGCCUUCGGUGUCCGCCUCCGGCGGCUCUUCCUGGGCGACCGGCCGCUGUCGGUCAGCCAUACGCUGGCGGAAGAGAAGGUUCAGUCCGGUGACCGCGUGGCGGUGACAGUGUCCGAGCCCAGCUUGGCAUCCACGGCCUAUGCCUUCGCACUGGUGAGAGCUGAUGGUUCAGUGGUCACCUGGGGUGAUCCAGAUGCUGGUGCUGAUAGCCAAGACGUCCAAGCAGAACUGAAAGAUGUGGCAGAAGUGUAUGGAACUUGCUUUGCCUUUGCAGCGCUUUUGAUUGAUGGAAGAGUCAUCACGUGGGGCUAUCCAGAGUCUGGCGGGGACAGCAGCGCUUUGAACCUGACCAACGUCCAGCGGAUCGUGUCCUCCACUUCAUCCUUUGCGGCUUUAAAGGCUGAUGGAAGCAUCAUCACCUGGGGCCGUAGAGCUGAACAUUUGCAGCUGAAGGGCGAAGUGAAAGAGAUCGAGGCCUCAGGCGGUGCCUUUGCAGCUUUGAUGCUCGAUGGAACAGUGAUUAGCUGGGGCGAUCCCGACUUUGGAGGAGACUCCCAGGUCAGCAGUCAACUGAAGAAUGUCAUCAGCCUUGCGGCCUCUGACCGAGCCUUUGCAGCAGUCACCGCCAAUGGUCAGGUCUUCACCUGGGGCCACUCGGACUGCGGUGGCUGCAGCGACGACGUGCAGGAAAAGCUCCACUCGGUCUUGUGCGUCCAAGCCUCGGGCGGUGCUUUUGCCGCGUUGAAAUCCGAUGGCUCCGUGGUCACCUGGGGCCAUCCCGAUUGUGGUGGAGAUUCUCAGGCGGUUCAACACUUGCUGAAGGACGUUCGCCAGAUCCAGUCAGCCGGCGAUGCUUUUGCCGCCAUCGUGGGAGAGGGGCGCAUCGUCACCUGGGGCGACCCCGACUGCGGCGGUGCUGGUCCCGUCGGCGCAGCGGGCGCCUGGCGCCUCGAGGCCUCGGCGGGCGCCUUCUGCGCGUUGCUGGACGACGGCGGCGCCACCUGCUGGGGCGACCCCGACUGCGGCGGCGACUGCUCCGAGGUGCAGCACCUGCUACGUGAGGUCUUGCAGGUCCGUGGGAACGCCUGUGCCUUUGCCGCGCUGCUUCCCACGGGCGUCGUCACCUGGGGAUCGCCCUACAGCGGUGGCGACAGCCGCCGCGUGCGCGCGGAGCUGGCCGGCGCCUGGCGCCGGUCGUCCACGUCCGCGUCCGCGGUCGAGAGAGCUCCCAAGAGGCGGAUGCUCGAGGCGAAGGAGAUAGAGAAAGGAUGA